AUGUGGCUGGCGGAUCCGGUGCGUUACCAGUACACCGCCGACCAACCCAACACCUACGUUACCUGCAACGCCGGGGGUUACCUCUACAAGCUUGGCGCCAUCUCCGCCCCGAACGACCCCCUGAGCGACAGGUGCAUGCAGUGCCCCCGCGGCAGCUACGCGACCAGCGCUGCGUCGCUGUGCACGCCCUGCGAGAUGAACUUUUACCAGGACAAGCCCGGCCAGCGCACCUGCAAGCCCUGCCAGUACGGCUACGCCCCCUACAAGGGCGCGGCGCGCUGCAUGAGCUGCUACUAUGGGCGUCCCUACUGCUCCGAGGGGUUCAGCCCCAACGACAACGUGUUCACCUGCAACAGCGUGCGGCUGCCGGAGGGGUACAGCCCCGAGGCCGGCUUCAGCGCGGUGCGGCCCAAGAAGGACCCAACAGGCGCGGAGGCGGCCCCCCAGUACGCCCCCAUGUUCAAGAACUGCGACGUCCGCGGGGACGGCGCGACGCUGAUCGGGCUCAACGUGUCGGCGGAGUGCCGGGUCGACAUGUAUGUGCUGGGCGACCUCGGGAGGGGCGGCGCCGGCUGCUCCCAAAACUCGGAGAGCAACGCCAUCACCGCCUUCUACACGGCGCCGAACAUGCUCGCGGGCAUCAGCAGCAAGGGCAGCAAUGGGUGGAAGGUCGGGAUCACCGGCGUGCUGGACAAUGAGGGGAUGGUGACGCGCGUGUUUGCCGCCUCGGACACUGGAAGCCGCAUCCCUGACGAGCUGUCGGCGCCGACUGAUGUCAAACUUGUGCUGCCCGAGAGCGGAUGGGGCUACCUGGGCGGCGGUGACAACGGCCAGGGCCAGAAUGCGAACGUCAAGGGCGUCAACUUUGACCCCUGCCCUGCAGGCGAGCCCUGA